AUGUCUCUUGGAAGAUCUCUGCCUGGUGUGAUAGGAGCUAUCGAUGGUUCUUACAUAUUUAUAAAGCAACCGAAUAUUCAGGAAAUUGCUAUUCAUUAUAAGUGUAGGAAAUUGCAAUAUGCUGUGGUUCUUCAGGCAACUUGUGAUGCAAAUUUAGUCUUCAUUGAUUGUUUUGUGGGUUACCCUGGCUCAGUAGGAGAUUAUCGAAUUUUCCGUAACUCAGAUCUUUAUAAAGAAGUUUCUAGAGAUUCCUCUAUCUUUUUUCCUAACGGUGAAUUUAUUGUGGGUGACAAAGCAUAUCCUGUUUUGACUUGGUGUAUUCCUCCAUUUCGAGAUAAUGGACGUCUCACACAAGAGCAGAAGGUGUUUAAUAAAGUGAUAUCACAAAAGCGACAAAGUACAGAAAGAGGUUUUGCUCUUUUAAAAGGAAGAUUCAGACGAUUGAAAUUUCUUGACAUGUCUCGUCUGGAUUUAAUACCAUCUUUUAUUAUGGCAGCCUGUGUCCUUCAUAAUAUUUGCUUGGAAGGCAUGGAUGAUAAUAUGGAAGAAUUUAUAGAAGAAGGAAGAGAACCAGAAUAUGAGGAAGAAAAUGAUAAUAGAGAAGAUCAAGAGUACAAUGAUGAAGGGCAAGAAUUUGCUGAUGGUGAAGUCAAACGGAAUUAUUUAUGUCUUCAAGUUGCUGGAAGACAAUAA